UCACACAAAUGUCAGAUGAAAAUGUAAUCGAUAAUUGGCAAAUGUCAUCACUAGUAGAUUGUUUAUGUUAUCGUUCCUUGCAACUAAAGUAAUUAUAUUAACGUCAACAAUUGGUUGAUGAUAUUGUAUUGUUGGCAAUUGUUUUAAUCGUCAUAGUUUACUUAAAAUGGUAGAUACACAACAUUGGUCUUAUGACCUGUUAAAGAAAAUUGCCGCGGAACAAAAAGUCGAUCACUUUGAAGAACUCAAAAAUAAUUUCAAAAAGGAAAUAAACUCUGUCCGACGUAAGUGUCUCAUAAAGAAUACUAAGGAUUUAAUUGAUGUAUUGGAGAAACGUGAUGUGUUAUCUGAAUAUUAUAUAGAGCCACUACAAAUAAUAGCAGAUUACUGCAAUAAUAGUUCAACUCUGCAUGAGGCAUUGUCAAAAUAUGAACCUCCGAAAGAGAUUACUGCUGCUGAACCAGUAAAUCAAUAUCAAGAAAUGCGACUUGCGGACGAACUCCAUCAUAAAUUAAAUAUAAGCUCAAAUAUAGGUUCUCGUGUACAAUCCGUUAGCAAUUAUGAACGAAUACCUCCACCUCCGCCAGUUUCAAAACCUAUACAAUUACAAAAUAUAUAUUCGAACGGCUUGCCAGCGCAAAAGCGAAAUGCCGUUUUCAAUUUAUUAUCUAGAGAAAUUGGUAGUUAUUGGCGUCGCCUAGGACGUUCACUAGAAAUAAGCGAAGGAAUAAUGGAUGAAAUUGAAUUACAAUUUCAACGCGACUUUUCAUCUCGUGUUAUAAAAUUGCUGGAAAUAUUCGAAAAAGAUGAGUGUCAUGAUCCAAAUCAUUUUGUAUUGUUAUUAUUUCGUGCUUUAGAAAAUUGCCAACGAAAAGAUCUUCGAAGAAAAAUAGAAAAUAUCCUAUCUUAUUGA